AUGCUGGGGAAAGGAAGCUCUCGCCUCAGGGCCCCCCCUGCAGCCACGCUGAGGGUCCUGAUCCUCGCGCUGCUCUGGAGGGGCUGGUGCCUGGAGCCGGCCCUGUCUGGGGGGAGCUCGGGGUGGGUCUCUGCUCUCUAUGGGCCCCACUUCGAUCCCUCCCCGUCCCCUGCAGGGUCCCUGUCCCAGCAGCCUGGAUUUACCCUGACGGUGCCGCAGUCGGUGUCGGUGCAGGAGGGUCUCUGCGUUCUCGUCCCCUGCACCUUCACGUACCCAGCCUCGUCUGUCACCGACAAUCCCUCGGCCCAGCUCUACGGAGCCUGGUACAAGGAGCCUGCUACUGUGGGCCAGGAUACUCCCGUGGCCACCAGUGGCACCAGCCUGGGGGUGUCGCAGGAGACCCAGGGCCGGUUCCGGCUGACGGGGGAUCCAGCGCGCGGCGACUGCUCCCUGCAAAUCAGUGAUGCCCGACGGACGGAUGCCGGGAGAUAUUUCUUUAGCUUCGAGAAAGGCCUGUUAGAACACACUUACCGCUCCAAUUCCGAUGGUACUGACCCUGCGCUCACUAUCUCCGUGCCAGAGCUGACAGAGGAGCCAGAGAUCCAGAUCUCGCCAUCGCGGGGGCUGCCAGGGACGCUACUGGCCGGGGAGCCGGUGACUGUGACCUGCACGGCCCCUGGGAGCUGCUCCGGGCCCCCUCCCCGAGUCACCUGGACGGGGCCGUUCAACGACACAGCCCGGAACGUCUCAGUCCCGCUGGAGAAUGGCAUCUGGGCCCACAGCUCCGCGCUCAGCUUCAUGCCCGGCCCGGGGGACCACGGCAAAGAGCUCAUCUGCACCGUCAGCUACAGGCCACCACGGGGACCUUCCACCCGCAGAACCGUCCGGCUCCAUGUCAGCAGUGAGUGA